GUCAGUUUUGUGAAAAGGUAAAUAGAAAGUGUAGUGGAAAAAUGGCGUCGUUGGAGCCGCUGCAAAAUAAAACAUGGGAUUUAUCGCUGUACGAGCUGAACCGAAUGCCCCAGGAGGCUAUCACGGACAACACGGAGAUUGCGGUUUCACCCCGUAGCCUGCACAGUGAGCUUAUGUGCCCGAUCUGUCUGGAUAUGUUGAAAAAGACGAUGACUACGAAAGAGUGUGUGAGUUACAAAUUGUCUUUUUUCUGUAUUCGCGGUGGAAAUUUGUUGAGUCUGAUGGAUGCGAUGGAUCUGCCAAAGCAAUGGACACCUAUUCUACAUAGGUUCUGCUCCGACUGCAUCAUUACGGCUCUUCGGAGUGGCAACAAGGAAUGUCCCACUUGUAGGAAAAAGUUGGUCUCAAAGCGUUCGCUGCGACCGGACCCUAACUUUGAUCUGUUGAUUUCUAAGAUUUACCCAAGUCGGGACGAGUACGAGGCCCACCAGGAACGGGUGUUGGCCAAAUUUAACCAGAGCCAUUCUCAGCAGGCCCUUGUCCAUUCCAUCAACGAAGGCAUUAAGUUGCAGUCACAAAAUCGGCCCAACCGUAAGCAAAAGAGUGAGAAUGAUUUGACGGCAUCGGCGGCGGCCGGAAAUGCCGGAUCUACUACCAAUUCGACGCAGAAUCCAACUGCACCGGUAGCUAGCAAUAAUCCAGCAAUUGUGGCCAUCAAUCCGGGCCCUGCGUUGAAUAACACUCCACAAGCUACGCCUGCAAACAACAGCAACAACAACAACGGAAAUGCCCCGCCGGAAAUCAUGAACCGGGAAGGUUCCUCCCACAAUCUGGCCGGAGAGCUAACCCGACAAUCGUCGAAUCCACCUUCGGUCCGCAGCACUCCGUCGCCGGUUCCUUCCAAUGUGAGCUCAGCAAGCAAGGCCAAACGGGCUCGAUCGGUGCUAACGUCGGAAAAGUCCGAAGAAUCCGAAAGCAACAGCGAAAUGGAUGGCCGGACGGAAGAAAACGAUUCCAACCUGGACACGGAGGGGGAAGGCAACUCCGAGCACGGAAGUGACGAAAUCGAGCUGGUUUUUAAGCCACACCCAACCGAAAUGACCGGCGAUAAUCCGUUGCUCAAGGCGUUAAAGGAAAAUUCGGUGCGAUACAUUAAGACCACGUCGAACGCCACAGUUGACCAUCUAUCCAAAUACCUGGCCAUGCGCCUAACGCUCGACUUGGAAACGGAACUCCCCGAGGCGCUAGUCAACUUUUGCAUCUACAUUGCACCACAACCGCAGCAGCUGGUUGUACUCAGCGGCAACCAAACUCUUUCGCAAGUUAACGAAAAGUUCUGGAAGAUCGCCAACAAGCCGCUUGAGAUGUACUACUCGUGGAAGAAGUCAUAGGGAACCGUACGCGCGUGUGGUUCAAAGUAGCUGCAGAAGCAGCGGGCACCAUCACAGCCAAAUAGACACAGCAGCGAUAGUAUUUGACACGGCGAGUUGAUGCAUUGUGCCGAAGCAAAAAGGAGGUCGAGACAAAAUCCCAAAACAGUAAAGCGAAAUGAUAUGUUUUAAAUACGACGGUAACAUCCUUAUUAUGUGGUGAAACGUAAAUUUUGCCAAAUUUGAAUCGAUUGUAUUUACCAUAGAGACCUAACAAAAGCAGUUAACGUGUCUAAUUAAAUUAAAGACUCAAUAACCUAUUUUAAACAUAAAUAAACAGACAGGAUAAAAAAUUUCACAACAUCUUCAUGUUAAAGUAGUUCAGUGUCGUUCAAGAUAGGUUACAAUAGUGCAGCGCAUACAUUUUAUAUGAAGUCAUAUAAUUACACUGAACCCCCGGUGGUUGGUCACUUUUUCGUUUGACACUUUUUUAGUUUGUACCCCGUUUGUUGGUCAAAAUCAAACUAAAAAGUGAUGAACUGUCACUCAAUCACAAUUGGCAGUGUGUGUGAAGUCAGUGUUAAAGGGGUGUCAAACUAAAAAGUGACCCCGUUCGUUUUACAACAGUUGGUGUCAAACCAUCGGGGUUUGAGUGUACAUUGCUUCGGAACAUUGCAUCAUCCUCAGAAUUAUUUUAUAUUUAUACGCUUUGGUGUAGAACUGCUAUGCGUAACUCUUGAAUUUCAAUUGAAUCAAUAAAUGUUUUGAAUGUGUAUGGAAAACAAAA